AUGCAACACAAUGAUACAAGUUCAAAUAAUUUAUUUACAAAUAUUAAACGGUUAGGUACACGUGAUUUAUUAUCCUAUGGACAACUUUCACAUGAUACUAUAUUAACAUCAAUCCAAAGUAAUAAUACAUUACCAUUAUCAGUUAAUGUAAGUCUCACAAAUAUAUUACUUGAACAAAGAACAAAAGAAUAUAAUGAAUUAUAUAUAAAUUUAAUUGAACGUAAUUAUAAAUUAAUAACUAAAACUUAUGCAUAUGCAUCAUGUUUAUUCAUGAAGUUGAUUUAA